GUCCGCCUAGCCCCGCCUGCUGUAGAUUUCCGAUUGAUCCUGUUAGCGGCAACUCAGCUGGGAGCCGAGGCUCCGGGGUUCUGCGCAGGACGGUGGGCGUCUACGCAGCGGGCCCCUUCGCGAGCUGCCAGGUUAUUUCCAUGUCUUGGCUAUCGUGAAUAGUGCUGCUAUGAACAUAGGGGUGAAGCAGCACUCUUGUUGACACCUACCGCCCACUCUCUGCCAGAAAACGAAACAAGAACAAAACCUGAUGCUACAGUCUAGCCACUCUCAAAAACUGCUAACUCCAUUCUUCCAGAUGCUUUUGCCAUAUGAAGUUGAACAUGGCAGAAGAAGAGGACUAUAUGUCUGAUUCCUUCAUUAAUGUCCAAGAAGAUAUCAGACCAGGCUUGCCAAUGCUGAGGCAAAUCCGAGAAGCCCGUCGAAAGGAAGAAAAGCAACAGGAAGCUAAUUUGAAAAAUAAGCAGAAGAGUUUAAAAGAAGAAGAACAAGAGAGACGUGACAUUGGAUUGAAGAAUGCACUAGGCUGUGAAAACAAAGGGUUUGCUUUGCUCCAGAAGAUGGGAUAUAAAAGUGGUCAGGCCCUCGGCAAGAGUGGAGAUGGUAUUGUUGAACCAAUUCCUCUCAAUGUCAAAACAGGAAAAAGUGGCAUUGGUCAUGAGGCAUUACUAAAACGGAAAGCAGAGGAAAAACUGGAAAGCUACAGAAGAAAGAUUCACAUGAAAAACCAAGCUGAAGAAAAAGCUGCAGAACAGUUUCGAAUGCGACUUAAAAAUAAGCAAGAUGAAAUGAAGCUAGAAGGAGAUCUUAGAAGAAGCCAGAGAGCCUGUCAACAAUUGGAUACUCAGAAGAAUAUUCAGGUUCCCAGAGAAGCAUGGUACUGGUUGAGGCUUGAAGAGGAAGCUGAAGAAGAGGGAGAGGAAGAAAAAGAACAAGAUGAAGAUGAAUAUAAGAGUGAAGAUUUAAGUGUACUGGAAAAAUUACAAAUAUUGACUAGUUAUUUAAGAGAAGAACAUCUGUAUUGUAUUUGGUGUGGAACAGCCUAUGAAGGUAAAGAAGACCUGUCUUCAAAUUGCCCAGGACCAACUUCUGCAGAUCAUGACUAAGAUUAUUCUCAAUAAAGUAGAAGCUUGGCAAA